CUCACGCAUGAGCUUGUGGAGAGCGCGGAGGCGGCGACGCGGUCUGUGGAAUUCGCGCGCGCGCAUCAAACAGUGGCGAGCACGCAGAUGAACGCGAAGAGCAGUCGCGCACACACGCUUUUCUUGUUCAGUCUCGACUGGCACACUUCGCAGGCCACGCGCAAUUCGGCCGCAAUGCGCAAGAGCCGCAACAGCAUGACAGCUGCGGUCUCCACAACGAUCUGGAUCGUAGAUUUAGCCGGACGCGAGAACGAGAAAACGACUUUGGCAAGGGGCGAGCGAUUAGUAGAGCUGGGAUACAUCAACAAAAGUCUCUUCCACCUCUCAACCUGCAUUCAGGCGCUGGGUCGGGCAGCAAAGCACAGUCCGGAUUAUCCGAAAUUAGGUCAAAAGUCCUCUAGCGCGAAAACGGGUAGCAAGGGUGGCAGUGCGCCACCCCAUCCUCCGACGUCAGGUGGCUACGAAGGGCGCGCGAAUUUCCGUAACUCUAAAGUGACCAUGCUACUGCAAAACGCGCUGAGCGGGAAUUCCCGGACCUUUAUGUUAGGUACGCUGACGCCCGCGGAAAGCGGGUACGACGAAAACCUGGUGACGCUGCGGUUUGCAGCCACGGUGAAGAACAUUCGCACCCACGCGAGUCGCACGGAGACGGUAAAUAAGGAUGCAACCGUGCGCGCGUUGGAGCAGGAAGUGGCGGAACUGCGCGCAGAUCUUGCACAACAGCGCAAGUUUGCCGGUACAGACCAGGAGGUUGCCGUCUUGCACGAGUCCUUGGACGCCGCAGAGGCGGCACUCGCACAGCGUAAUGAGAGUUUCGAGGCACUGGAAAAACGCGCGAAGGAAUUGCAACAUGAACGGAGUCGGGCCUUGUGGCGACUGGGAAUGAACGCACACGCGCUCGACAUCACUGGAAUUGGACAUUCUCAUAGGCACAGUGUCGAUCACGAUUCAAAGAGUGUAACGCAGUCCCAGUUGCGUCCGAUCAUAGGAGGAGCAGCGGAGCAAGCCAGUGUUUUCUCUGCGACAAUGCCUGUGGCCCCGUGGGUGCCGCAACCCCCGCUGUUGCGGUCGGAGCAUGCCGAUCCCAGCCGCUGUGGGGUCUUGCAGUACUCACUCGCGCGUAUGCGUUCUUUCUACUUCGGGGACAGUUUAGAGGCGUGUCAGACGGAGGCGAAGCGCAGGGACGAGUUCGAGGUGGUCGCUGGUAACAAGGACGCGCAGCAGGGCCCACCAGGCAGCGCCGAGGGGCUAAGCAAUUGCGCGGAGUUGCGCGGUCUCGGCAUGGCGCCGACAACGGUGAGGGUUGCGCGGUGUGUGGAUCAAGGAGAAAGCCGGAGUGCGGUAGAGUUGACAAGUUCCUGUUGCACCAUGGACCUUGCUUGCGGUGACAGAAAAACAGAGGUUUCCACCUCCCUCGUCACCGUUACGCGGCUGGACGAGCGCGCUGAAGUCAGGGUGAACAAUUUGUACUUGGCAGUGAAUGAGGAAAGUGAGCCCUUGAAGCACGGGGACAAGAUCACGCUGGGUCGGAGCUACGUAUUCCGCGUGUACUUGGACAACACAACCCCGUUUGCGGAAGCCGAGAUGACGCACACGCCGCGCGGACGGCGCAGCAUGUUCGCCACAGCGGAGGAAACGGCUUCGGUUCUGGAAAAGUUAAUGGGCGCCAAAGCGUUUGGGGAUACGUAUCUACUGCAUCAGGCAAAGCACUUUGUUAGCACGUUGCGCAAGAUGAGUAUUGACCACGAAGAGAAGGUCCGCAAAUACCUGUACGAGGCAGUCAAGGUGCACUCUCUUGUCGCUGAGGCGCAGGAAAUCACCGAUUUGAUGCGUCCCAAUGAGCGGCUGCAGUUCGCGCUCGUGCACAGCGCACCCGUAGUCUACUUCGGCUUUCCGGAGGAGUCCUUUCUCCCCGGUUUGUGUGUCCGCGUUGCGCGCAAGGUCACGAAGCCCGAGCAUAAGUGGCGGCGAAGCUCGAGCUUACACUUGGCAGCCCGAGGGGAGCACCUGUCCGAAAACCUCACGGCGCCGCUCAAUUUCGAGCACCACCACCACAGGCGUGAUUCAAAAGCCGAGUUGAUGCCAGAGACCCUCUAUGUUUGGACGGUAUCUAAAUUUGUGGCUCGUCUAGACAUGAUGCGCGACCUCUACCACACAUGGCAGCAGCACCGUGAGGUCUCGGUCGAUCUCACGACGGACCCUUGGGUUGAAGCUGGGCCGGUUGAAAUCGAAUUCUGGUUGGAGAAACAUGCCGCACCGCUGAGGGCACGCGUCGAAGGUACAUAUUUGAGUGUUACAACAACAUUUACCCAGGAGCGGUAUGUCAGGAACCAAAGCUAGACUGUCCUUAGUACAUCGUUCUUUGAUAAAUUUUCCGUACUAAUUGCUCAUCAUCACGCUCCUAUGCUGGUUUUAUCAAGUGUCGGUGUUUAUGAAUAUGGCCAUGGCACCUGCUCAGAAGUUCCAAAAUAGAUCACGUAACAUUUGCAACAGAGCUCGAGCAGAAAAGCGCAGGUCAGGAUGGAGCACCCAGAUCGGAGAGUCAGCAGGCAAGUGUUACUGCGCUGCAGAUACGGUCUUCUACGCCGAAGGAGUUGAGCGUUGUAGAAAUUGAAACGGAACCGAUUCGGGAGGCUCCGCGCUUACCCAGUGGUGCUGAGCCGCAGAUCAAUCCGCGAAUGCUCACGAGCAGUGUUGAGCCGCAAAAACUACAUGAAGAUGCAGUUGAUGACAGCGCAGAGGCUAUAGCGGAUUUGAAGCGGCAGCUGGCCGAGAAAGAGGCGGCGCUCAAGAGCGAGGUAGAAGCAACGGAAGCUCUGAAGAGAGCACUAGAUGAAACCAAGAAGCUUCUGGGGGGCGCCGUGGACAGUACGGGUGAUGCCUUGAGGGCUGAAGCUGAAGCGCUGCAGGCGGCGUUGAAGCGCGAGGCCGACUUGAGGAGCACAGUAGAGCGGGAGAGGGAAGCGAAAGAAGAGGCCAAGCAGGCUUUAGAGGAUGACAUCAAACAGAGGGAGCAACUUCGCUUGCUCCUGGAGGGCCAGGAGCAACGGCAAAAAACGGAGAAAGCGGCUCUGGAGAGAGAAAACACUAGGAUGAAAAAGGAAAACGACAAAUUGACCAAAGAAAAGGCGCGUCUUGUGGCUGAAAACGAGCGGCUGGUACGUGAGAAGCGCGAUGCUUCUCAACUCCGGCGUAGUGAACACGGAGCCAGUGCGCAGCUUCUUCGAUGUAUGGAGCUCUCGAAAGCGAAUCAGAAAAUGCUGGAUGAGUUUCUACACAAUGAAGUACCCGAGGCGGAGGUCAGCCAAAAGAUGGAAGUAGACCUUAAUGCCAACAGCGACGAGCAACGGAGAACCAGGGGGACCACGUCAAGGAAGAGUGCAUCUCGUAUAACAACGAGUCCAAAAGAACAGAGUACUCAAAAAACGAGCCCGAAAGAGCAUAGUACUCGCGCAACGAGCCCAAAGCAAAAAAAUCGAACCACGGGCGCAGACCAAAGUAUUCGAAUUACGAGUCCGAAGCAGAGUACUCGAACCAGCGAUGCGAACCAGGGCACUCGAAUCACGGGCGCGGAGCAAAGAAUUCGAACAUCGAAGGCGAAGCAAAGUACGCGAACAACCAACGCAGAUCAGAGUACCCGAAUGGCGAGCCCGCAGAGUCAAAAUCGAGUAUAGCACGUGUUACCUCACCAAACGCUUUCCUUGUCUUUUACCCUAUUCGACGAUAAACCAAGAGUUCAUGCGAGCCCGAGCUAAAAAUUUGCCAUGUUGCUUUGCGUCUAGAGUAGACUGAGAGUUGCAGAGUCAAAGCUGUAAACUAUGAUGGAGAGAACGAGAGCAAAAAUGUGAGCCCGCAAUUUUCAGAUCCUCCCCAGAUGUCUCUAUGUUGAAGAAACUGUGCUUGCAUUUUCCUGUGGCAAAAACUAUGUCCUGCUUGCAGCAAAGCGCAGUUGAUAUUGAGGCUGGCACAGGCAUCACUUCGAUACGGAUAUGAACUACGUUUUUUUCCCCUCCGAUCGUAGACAUGGACAUUGCUUUUGCUGCUGGUCGGCCUUCA